AUGCGGCCCUCUGCCGUGCGUCCGACGCUGUGUCUAGGAACCCAAUAUGUCUGCUCGACAUGUCGACGGGCAGGACACGAGACCCUGCGCCAACCUGGGUUCCGGCCAUUACACGCAUCUCCGAUUUUCCAGGGUCCACGCCGGCGAGAAUUCUUCUCGUCGAACCCGGCCCUGUUCAGCCAGACGGCGCAGAGAAGAGACGGUGAACAAAGACCAACUGAAACUAUCACUCCGCCUUCUCCUUCGCCGGCACCUGCCACAAACGGCACAGGCACAAGUGCCGUUGUGCAGUCUUCGUCUUCGAAACGCAAGACCGCUAGGUCACCGGGGACCAAGACAUCAUUGCGGCGGGUCGGACUGGAAGCGCAGCGGACAAAAGCGGGGAACCUGGUUCGAUCCUCAGGCUCAGGCUCUGGUCGAGAACAAGAAGACUCGGUGACGUCCAAGAUCGUCACAGCAUACGCGGUAGCCGAGCAAUUCGACUUGAACAAAGUGGUCGAAAUCCUACGGAACAAGGGGUACGAACCCGACCCGCUGGGGACAGGACUGUUCCCGCAGGUUCUGCACGUGCAGGUACCCAUCUCGUCCAUCUAUCGAUCGACGAAUCCGGGAGCCAGAGACCUAUCGUCCACCGAGGUCGGGGAUGUCUUCAUUUUCCCCUCUGGGACCGUGGUGACAUGGGCGCUGCCCGAAGGGUUCACCUCGUACUUUGCAACCCGAACUCUCCUUCCCGCCGCGAUCAACCCGCACCAGGAACCCAUCGAGACCGAAGACCUAGAUUACAUCGAAGACCCUAAUCGAGAACACAGCACGAUUCGCGGCGACACCAUCAUCUUGGGAACCAAGCGACCCGACCACUCCUCUGAAAAUCACGGCGGGGGUGACGACCACCAGGGACACGAAUCGCAAUACCAGACGGUCGACACGGUGCUCACCAAGAUUGCCUUUUCCUCCGGCUUCGCGCGCAGCACCAAGCUGGCUGUCCUCGAGACAAACUUGUCGACCUAUCUCGCCUCCACGGCUGACAUCCCCAUGCUCCUGUCCAAAGGCUCCCGGCUGCCAUUUAAGCUUUCACAGCGCUUCAUCCUGCGCAAGACCGGCCAACUGCUCCUGCUGCGCGCCCAGCUGAAUCUCUAUUCCGAGUUGACUGACUCGCUGCCCGAUCUGUUCUGGGACUCGCGCCAUGAACUGAACCUCGAGAACUACUAUGACCAGGUCGGUCGAGCGCUCGACGUCGGCAUCCGAAUCAAAGUCCUCAAUGAGAAGAUGGACUAUGCCGCCGAGAUCGCCUCUGUGCUCCGAGAGCGGCUGAGCGAGAAGCAUGGUUUGUUCUUAGAGUGGAUGAUCAUCGUGCUCAUUGCCGUAGAGGUCGGCUUCGAAGUCUUACGGCUGUGGAAGGAAGGGUUUUGGGAAGAGGUCUGGGAGAAAAGAAAGAAGCAUGAAGACCAAAAUGGCCAUGAAAGGAUUCUUAAUGAGAAUGAGACCUCGUGA